AUGAAGCCCGGCUCCCUGCCGAUCCGCGCGCCCUCGCGGCCCCUGUGCCAGCUGUGCGACUUCAUCCUGCAGCAGCCCGCCUCGCGCCGCUCCUUCCUCGCCGCGGCAGCCACAUCCAAAGCGCCUGCCCUGCGGCGGCAGACCGCACAGCAGCAUGCCGUCCUUCCCACAACACCCGUGCGGAGCGCCGCGACCGUCCGGACAUCGCCAGCACAGGCUUCCGGAGCAGAAAACCACCAGCAAUGGGCAGAACGAGUCGCAGUGUUGAAGACAAAGCUCGCCGACGUGGAGCGGCACAUCGCAUGGAUCAAGUCGUCCCCCAAGGUCGAGCCCGAGGCGGCCACGCUGGCGGCCCUCGAGGCCCUGGAAUCCAUUGCACGGCAAGCAAUUGCGAUCCGGUCGGGGAAGCCACCGCCCCCGAAGAUCGAGAUCAAGCAGAGCUCGGCCGGUGCCAUUCUCUCCAUGGGCCGCGAAGACGACGCGCCUGUCGCAACCCAGCCGGCCUCGAGAGCGCCCUCGCUCAACCAGCUCCCCUCGCCACAGUACAUCUCCCAACUCGCCAUGGACCUGCUCAAGCACCCCAACGUCUUCAUCUCGGCCGAUAUCCUCGCUGCCUACAUCCGCCUCCAACGGCUCAUCGGCUUCCCCCGCGCGAUACCUGAGAUCCUCCACCUGUACGCCAACAAGCCCGUCCCGCAACUCGGAUCCUCUCCGCCCAAGUUCUCCAAGCCCUCGCCCAAGGCCGCGAAGCAGGCCAUCCCCGCUGACCUGGCCGAGCAGGCCCUCGGCGCCGCCAUCGAUGCCAAGGACAUGCCUCUUGCGCUGGACAUUGUCCAAGUCUCGUACUGUACGCCGGCAUGGAAGCGGCGUCGGAUGGUGACCAAGAUGGGUCUCCCAGGCGCCAUCGUCGGCAUCACGCCUCUGGCAGUAUACAUGCUUGCUCAAGAAGCGUCCGUCUACAGUGGAUACAUUGAUCCUUUGCUGUUCAAGACGUACGCAUUCAUGGGUAUCUCGACUUAUCUUUUGUGCACUGGAACACUAGGUUUCGUCGCCAUGACAACGCACAACGACCACCACACCAGAGUAGUCUGGAGACCCGGAACGCCGCUGCUGGACCGAUACGUACGCGAGGAUGAGCGGGCUGCGCUGGAUCGGAUCGCAUGCGCAUGGGGCUUCAAGGAGGAGUGGAGGCGGGGAGAUGAGGAGGGCGAAGAGUGGGAAGGCCUGCGGGAUUGGAUCUCGCUGCGCGGGAUGGUGCUCGACAAACCGGACCUGAUGCCUGGAAUGAACGCAUAG